AUGAUACUAUUUGUGAGGAAGUAUAAUCGGUAUGUUCGGAAAAAUGGAGUUAAACAUUACGAUAAUAAUCUCAUGAAGUUUAGAAGGCAAUCUUCCUCCAUCAAAGAAGAGAACAACAAAAAGGACAAAGAAAAUUUCAUUUUCUACGAAUGUGGUAAGCCUGGUCACUAUAAACUGGAUUGUCCAUUCCUUUCCAAAAAGAAAGGAAAAGGCCAAAGAAACAAGCCUAGACAAGCCUUUGUUGUUUGGGGAAGCGGAAGUGAAUCCUCAAGCGAUGAAAUCUCAAGUGAGAGUGAUGAAGAGGAAAAUUAUUAUUUCAUGGCAAAUCAUCGGCAUGGCAAGAAAAAAGAUGUUGAAUGUCUUGAUGUUGUGAUUGGAAAGUGGAUUCUCGAUAGUGGAUGUUCAAGACAUAUGACGGGAGACAUAUCGCUCUUCUCCGACUUUGUGGCGAAGAAGAAAGGAGUUGUGUCAUAUAGUGACCACAAAAAAGGUGUGAUACUUGGAAAAGCUAGUACAGGUAUGCUUGAAGACCACAUGCAAUCUUUGGUAUCUUGA